AUGGAAUUAGACAUUUCUGAACUUUACCGACAACAAUGUCUCCACUACAGCAUCCUCGAUGUUUUUUACGAUCUGAACGAUAUUGUUCUUCCCUCCAGAGACCGUCCUGGAACGGACAUGAUCUCAAAGCUCAUUCUUCAAGAAAGACCCAUCUUUUACAAGAAAACUUACAGAAGCCUUUUGAUUCCCUUUGCGAGUAUCUGUUUGUUCCUGAUGCGACAAGAUUCAUCUCUUCUUCGCUCACGGUAUAACUCUGAUGAAACAAUAGAGUUUCUAUACCGUUUGGCACAACGUCAUGUCGGCACUACAAUUAUUGAACACGAGCGUAUUGUUGAUGAGUUCCUCUCAUUUUCGAUUGAAUUAAAGACUCGGCUGGAAGAAGCCAUUAAUUUACAAGAAAACGACAACAAAAAUGCGGCCGUGUCUCAACUAAAGAACACAAUUUCUUUAGUCAAUUCAUACCAAGAGAAGUGUAAAGUACUUUCUACUGCUGCUGACUCUGACCCUGUGUUAUCAGGGUCAGCAUCACUAUCGUCAUCGAUUGAUCCCUAG